GUGGUGGUCAAUCAGUGGUCUUUGGCCCCGCCUCCUGGAGAAAGGAAGUCCCCCUAAUUAGACGCUUUCGUUUCAGUUUAAGCCGAGCCGAGCGAGGCAAACACGUGAGGACAUAGUGACUCCGCCACAGCCGAAACAUACUUAUCCAAGCUCCCCUAGGACCAUGUCGGUGGAUUUUAAAAUGUAUGUAGAUCAGGCAUGUAGAGCUGCUGAGGAAUUUGUUAAUAUUUACUAUGAGACAAUGGACAAAAGAAGAAGGGCACUUACCAGGCUGUAUUUGGACAAGGCCACUUUAAUAUGGAAUGGAAAUGCUGUUACAGGGCUAGAUGCCCUAAGUAAUUUUUUCGAGAUGUUGCCUUCUAGUGAGUUCCAGGUCAAUAUGUUAGAUUGCCAACCAGUCCAUGAGCAAGCUACCCAGUCCCAGACUACAGUUCUUGUUGUGACCAGUGGAACUGUGAAGUUUGAUGGAAACAAACAACAUUACUUCAACCAGAACUUUCUGCUGACUGCUCAGUCCACUCCUAAUAGCACCGUGUGGAAGAUUGCUAGUGAUUGCUUCCGUUUUCAAGAUUGGGCUAGUAGUUAAAGGGGUAAAAGUCUAUUCUUUUUUUUUUUUUAAUUUUUUUUUUAUUGGUUGUUCAAAACAUUAUAAAGCUCUUGACAUAUCAUAUUUCAUACAUUAGAUUCAAGUUGGUUUUGAACUCCCAAUUUUACCCCAAAUACAGAUUGCAGAAUCACAUCGGUUACACAUCCACAUUUUUACAUAAUGCCCUAUUAGUAACUGUUGUAUUCUGCUACCUUUCCUAUCCUCUACCAUCCCCCCUCCCUCCCCUCCCAUCUUCUCUCUCUACCCCAUGAAGCAGAGGUCUGUGUGAAUUGAUUCAUUUAAUUAGAAAAACACUGUAAACUGGUUUGUGCUGAAACUAAGUUUCUUCGGUAUUUUUUUUAUUCCUAGCAGCACCUUUUCUAGCAGCUGCCAGUUUGGUUUGUUGCCCUUCAGAGCUUUAAUGCUAGUUUUUUACAUGCCUUAUAUACAUUCCACUAAUGACAUUCUUAAAGUAAUGUUAAACACAUGAUCUUGGUACUAACAUACUCACUGUGAACCCAGCCUAUCGCAAAAAUGGAAUCCUUUUGUAAUACUAUCUGUGGAGUAUCAACACAAUAUAACUCUCUGGGAAUAAGUGGGAUUUUUUUUUUCGGUUAAUAGGUUGAAUUUUUACUAAACCACAUGCCUGUUUUCAGUUAACACUGGUAAUGCAUUGCAAUAUAUAGUAAGUUUAUCAGUUCAUAACUACUAUGACAUAUUAGAAUUGCAUGUGGAAUAUUUAAUAGACUUUUUCGUGUUAAAUUUUCUUAUUUUGAGUUUUUAUUUUAUAAGUGAAUUAAUAACUAAAUAGGUAAAAAUAUUUUAAAUUGACACUUGAUUGUUGGGUGCAUUUGGUGGAUUAAGACUUCUUAAAAACAUAUAUCUUGGCAGCUCCAGGUCUAGAAAUUUUGGUAAUGAGUGCUAGAAGAACUAAUAGCUUUAAUGGGAGAAUGGGGAGUGAGAAAUGUAGAAAUAUCCAAGGUUGAAACCAAAAGUGAGGGGGGGGUGUGACUAAAUGGUAAAAGUUUUGUACUCGUUUACUACCUCCUAAAAAUGUAAACUAUUUUUAGGAUUUAAAUCACUAAGUUAUUAUGUAUCCUUGCCAAAUGUCAUGAGUGUCACAUUUGUUCUAAGAAUGAUUUUUUUAAGGUCUUUAUAUUUCACCUUAUACUUGUCACCAUCAUGUAUCUGUUUAUUCAAAAACUUAUGGGGGUAGAAUGUCAGCAAUAAGCCUAAUCUUGUAACAGGGUCUAGAAGGAAAGUUGGAAACAAAGCCAUUGCUAUCUCUUUGUGACACCCUUAACUAAGUCUUCCAGUGAAUUUUAGGCCCAAAGAUUCCUAUGUAUUACUCACCCCCAUGUUUUGUGCUGUUAACUGUAUUAUAUAUUAUUUAAAGUUAAAAUUAUUUGGUUUGUGAUUCGUUCUUCCAUAUGACAUUGGGCACAUUUAUUUUAAAACAUGUUCCUGUUAACAUGACUAUCUCAUUGCCUUUUUUGAGAGAAAAAUAGAGAACAACAGAUCUUCAUGAUAAACUUCAAAAGAACAAAUAGAUUAAUUUUAUGUCUUGACUACUGAAAAGGAAAAGAAUAACCUAGCUCUGGUUCUUGCUUAUUGUUUUAAAAUAUUUGCAAUUUAUAAUGUUUUAAAACUAGAUAUGCCAGCUUUGUUUCUACAUUGCAACCAAGAUUAAUGUUUCUUAUUACUUAAUCUUAAAAUCAGCAAUUCAUUUACUCGCCCAAAGCUAUACACUGUAUUUCUGAUAUACUAUCAAAAUAGAAUUAAACGAGAGAAGUGGGUAGAACUGACAUUUAAACCACACCUUCUUUUAGUACUGAUCAAAAAUUGCACAUUAUUUCCUACUCAAAGGGAGCUUAUUCUUAUUUUGAAUUGAUUUUUUUUAAAACCGCAGCUCUAGCAGCAACAAAAUGCCCAAAUACUGCCCUUUCUCUUGUGAAUAACAGUCGCAAAUAAAAGCUGCGUAUAACUAGCAAUAACUGAAUUGAAUGGUUGUGAAUUGCUUUCUCCAAAAUCUGUAUAACUUUUAAAUGGCUAGAACUGCUCUUAUAUGGACUAGACUAUUUUUGACAUGCUCAUAUUUUUAUAGCUUGAAAAAUAAAAUUUGCUUUGUGAAAAGUUUUCUCAA